AGCUCGCGGCUUUUAUUUAUCAUGAUUGGCCUAGAUAUGUUGGGCUGCGAGAUGUUCUCAUUGGACAGUCGGAUGUAUCGCGGUCGUGGAGACGUGCUGACGCCUCCGCAAAGCAGUCCUGAGAGUCAUCAUAGUCAUAUUAAUAAUAAUAAUAGUAAUAAUUUGGCGAAUAGCAAAGAUUUGCAGUUUGAUGGUGAACGGAUUACGCUUCCCAAAAAUAUUCCUGAUAUUUUGCUGUCAUCGAUACCAAAGUGUGGAGGCUGUCAAGAAGCAAUUCUAGAUAAAAUAAUUCUGAGGGUACUGGAAAGAUGCUGGCACGCUAAAUGUCUUACGUGUCGGGAAUGUGGCGCUAGACUAACAAAUAGUUGUUUUGAGAGAAACGGGGUUGUUUUUUGCAAAGAUGAUUUUUACAAACGGUACGGGACAAAGUGCGCUGGCUGUAACGAGGGCCUGGCUCCAUCCCAGGUCGUCAGAAGGGCGUCUAAUUUUGUUUACCACCUCACGUGCUUCUCCUGCGCAUUCUGCUCGAGACAGUUGGACACCGGGGACGAGUAUUACCUCAUGGAAGACAGGAAAAUUGUUUGCAAGCCUGAUUACGAGCAAGCCAAGGCUAAAGAAACGGAAUUUACAGAGUUAGCUGACGGCGGAAGUAUCGAUGGUGACCAGCCAAACAAGAGGCCAAGAACAACAAUAACAGCCAAACAAUUGGAAACACUUAAACUGGCGUACAACAAUAGUCCAAAGCCUGCGCGACAUGUUAGGGAACAAUUGUCCCAAGACACGGGAUUAGACAUGCGUGUGGUUCAAGUUUGGUUUCAAAAUAGGAGAGCUAAAGAGAAGAGACUGAAGAAAGAUUCCAAUAGAUCGAGAUGGUCCCACUUUUUCCGAAAUAACACGGGUAGUUUUAAAGGCAGCGGUGGUCAUUCGCCGCGCCACGAUAAGCUCCUGGAUAAAGACGAGCUCAAAGUUGACUUGGAUUCUUCGUUUGGUCACCACGAUCUAAGCAACGACAGUUACAGUACAGUAGUAAACAUGGGCCUAGACGGAGAUGGAUCGAGUCCAAGCGCAGGUGGAGGAAACGGCGGGGGUGGUCCACCCCGUGGUUACUUGGGUGCAACGACACCUCCCUAUUUAACAACGUCCAGAUCACCGUCCUUACCACCACACUUUCCAUAUCCUUCCGACGCUGGAUUGUCUGUUUACACGAAUCUCGGAGGACCAGGUGGAAUGGUGCCAGGACCAGCGUCAGAUUUAAGCAAUGAAUCGAGUGGCGGUGGCGGUGGCGGCGGAGGUGGUGGAGGUGGUUACCCUGAUUUUCCACCCUCACCUGACUCAUGGCUCGGAGAAGCGCCUCAGCAUCCUCACCAUCAUCCUCACUACGCCACAUAA